UACACGGAUAAAAGUAUUGCAUCCACGUGUUUGAUUAACAUCGCGUGGUGCAAGACACACUACAGCACAAAUCCCAGAUUUACACUACUUUACUUGCAGCAUGGCAUCCGAAAUAGCAUUGCUGAGUGUUUCGGAUAAAACCGGACUGGUGGAGUUUGCCAGGCGACUGGUAUCAGUGGGUCUGUCGUUAGUGGCAUCAGGCGGGACGGCCAAAUCUCUCAGAGAUGCUGGACUCACUGUCAGGGAUGUAUCUGAUCUCACUGGAUUCCCUGAAAUGCUUGGUGGAAGAGUCAAGACCCUUCACCCUGCUGUCCACGGUGGCCUUUUGGCCAGACAAACUCCCUCUGAUAAGGCUGAUAUGGAAAAGCUAGGGUUUAGUCUUGUCAGAGUGGCCGUGUGCAACCUUUACCCAUUUGUGAAGACUGUUGCAUCCCCUAAUGUGACUGUGGAAGACGCUGUUGAGCAGAUUGACAUCGGGGGAGUUACACUUCUUCGAGCGGCAGCUAAGAAUCACGCCAGAGUCACCAUAGUCUGUGAUCCGUCUGACUAUGAUGUUGUUGCAAAGGAAAUGGAAUCCUCAGACAACCAUGAUACCACAAUGGAAACACGCAAAACUCUUGCGCUCAAGGCCUUCACACACACCGCUCAGUACGACGAGGCCAUUUCUGAUUACUUCAGACGUGAAUACAGUCGAGGAGUUUCCCAGCUGCCCCUGCGGUACGGCAUGAACCCCCAUCAAGCACCUGCUCAGCUCUACACUUUGCGCCCAGUUCUUCCGCUUACCGUGCUGAAUGGAUCUCCAGGCUUCAUUAACCUGUGCGAUACUCUGAACGCCUGGCAACUGGUGAGAGAGUUGAAGAAAACUCUUGGGUUGCCAGCUGCCACUUCAUUUAAACAUGUCAGCCCUGCAGGAGCUGCAGUUGGUGUCCCAUUGAGUGAAGAUGAGGCCAAGGUUUGUAUGGUGAAUGAUAUGCUUCAGGAUCUCACCCCUCUUGCCACUGCAUACGCCAGAGCCAGAGGUUCUGACAGGAUGUCCUCCUUUGGAGACUUCAUUGCUUUGUCUGACAUCUGUGACGUCCCUACUGCCAAGAUCAUCUCCAGAGAGGUGUCAGAUGGUAUCGUUGCUCCUGGUUAUGAUGAGGAAGCAUUGCGAAUUCUCUCCAAAAAGAAGAAUGGAAACUAUUGCGUCCUUCGGAUGGAUCCUGAAUAUGAACCUGAUGAAGAGGAGGUGAGGGUGCUGUUUGGUUUGCACCUCAAACAGAAGAGGAAUGGAGCUGCCGUUGAUAAAGAGCUCUUCAGCAACAUUGUGUCAAAGGGCAAUCUCUCUGAGAGUGCCCUGCGAGACCUCAUUGUAGCCACUAUCGCAGUGAAAUACACUCAGUCCAACUCUGUGUGUUAUGCAAAGGAUGGUCAGGUGAUCGGCAUCGGCGCUGGGCAGCAGUCUCGUAUCCACUGCACUCGGCUGGCAGGAGACAAGGCUGAUAACUGGUGGCUCAGGCAUCAUCCACGAGUGCUCAAUAUGAAAUUCCGCAGCGGAGUUAAGCGUGCAGAGAUGGCUAAUGCCAUUGAUCAGUAUGUCAGCGGAACAAUUGGAGAGGGUCCAGAUAUGGAGGUUUGGAAGGGUCUGUUUGAGGAGGUUCCUGAGACUCUGUCAGAGGUUGAGAAGAAGAACUGGAUCAGUUCUCUGCAGGCUGUGGCCCUCAGUUCUGAUGCUUUCUUCCCCUUCCGGGACAAUGUCGACCGUGCCAAACGGAGCGGUGUGGAGUAUAUUGCCGCCCCCUCUGGCUCUACUGCGGAUGAGGUGGUCAUCAACGCCUGCAAUGAGCUGGGUAUUACCCUGGUGCACACCAAGAUCCGUCUCUUCCAUCACUGAAAAGCAUUAUAAAACAUCCAGUUGAACACAAAUAUCCAGCUAGUUUCACUGUUUAUGAAAGUUUAAGGUUUCUUUCUUUUUAGAUGACCAUCUUGUACUGUAAUUUCAAGUUGCUGUCCAUAUUUCAUAACAUAGCCUAAAAGCUAGUCUGUCCAUUUUGACAAUAACUCAGUAGUACUUGAGUCCGAAAGCCAAGAGCCAAGUGACAUUUUUGUGGCUGAAUAGUUAAAUUCUUCUUACAUGCCUUCUUUAACACUGAUAAGCUUAGAAUAUGAUCCACUACUAUUAAUUUAUAUCUUUUCAUUGCAUAAUUUCUGUGUGAAACAUUUGCAAUGUGAAAUUGUCUGUACACUUCCUGAUACAUUCCAUUGUGCUGCCUUUUGUGUCCAUCAGCAUUACAAAUAAAAACACAAACCACAUAUAAUAGUUUGUCAUAGAUUCCAUCAAGAGUUUAUUUGCAUUUGUUGACAUGUUUCUUGCAAGGUUUACUUCAGAACCUGGUUCCAAAAGAAUUUGUUUUGAGCGACAUUUUAUAAAUACAAUGUCAUGAGUCUUGCAAUAUAUCAAAAAAUGGAUUCAACAGUAGCAAGAACUGGUGUAGACAGUAGAACAAUGACAAUCAAAAAUAACAUUCUAUACAAUCCAAACACUUCUGAAUGAAGGGGAUAAAUAGUCAAAGAAUUUAGAAAAUUAAAAUUUGUAUCAAUCUAUAAACAGUGCUGACUCUAAUAAUCAAUGAGCCGUGUUAAAGAAAAGAAAAUUAUAUAAAAGACAACUGAGACUUGAUUUCUUUUGGUACCUCAUUGUACCCCCAGUGGUGCUCUAACAUUCUUAUACAACAGUGCUUGUUUUUACUACUUUGUCUUAUAUUUGCCCUUACGUCAAUUAAUAAAGACUGAAAUCCUCUGACAAUAAUGGUAAGGUAGUUUUUUUUAAAGAUGUAAUUGAUUAGAAAGCUGUAUAUUAAAAAAAAAAAAGUCUCUUCACGUAUCAACAGAGAAAGUGCACUUUCCUGUUAUAGUUUUGGUAUUAUGUAGACUGCAAUAAGAAAUCUCGUUUUAAUAUUGCAAUACGUUUUUAAAUUGAUGUAUAAAACACUAGCAAACAAAAAUUUAAAA